AUGGCUUUUCAAUCGAAUUUCUCUAUUAGCUCUAUCCUUGGUCAAGAGAAUGAAACGGUUAACGCAAACCAAGAUAACAGUUCUGAAAUCUCCAAUCCAGACCGGCCGAAAUAUUCGUAUAACUCUUUGAUCAUGAUGGCUAUCAAGGCGAGUCCCAAUGGACGGUUGACCCUUGCAGAAAUUUAUGAAUAUAUCAAACAUCACUACGAAUAUUAUAAAAAUUGCCAGACAGGAUGGCAAAAUACAAUCCGGCAUAGCUUGAGCGUCAGCGGUUAUUUUAUCAGAACACCUCGAGCAUACGACGAACCUGGACGAGGAGGUUACUGGAGCUUAUCACCUAAAGCGGAGAAAUUAUUUUUAGGAAGUAGUACGGGACGACUGCAACAACCUUCAGCGAUGAACGGCCAUUACGUUCCUGCACCACAUAUACCUGUUUUGACGAACCACUACGUGAAUUGCGUCAAUGCAGGGUGCAUGUGCUAUCAAUUUGCAGGCAUCACACCACAAAUGUUGCAAGAAUAUUUCCAUAUGCAACAAGUGCAAGGAGUUCACAUGCGACGCGAUUAA